UGCCAGGGAAGAGAUUUGUUUGAGUACUCUGCAUAUAUGAAAUACAGCUCCAACAAGGAGAGAAUUGUUGGGAAAAGGUUUGAGAAGGAACUUCUCCUUCCUGCAAGGUGACAGAGGUGACACCUGAUGUCAAAGCUCUCCAAUGCUUUCCAUAUUCUGGACAGUUUGCUUGUAACUGUGACGGGCCAUAUGGAUUUGGAGCUUUGCUGUUCUGCACAGAUUGCUGUGGCAGCUUUCCAGAGCUGCAGUCCUUAUUCUUGCUAGCCCCAGUGUGUGGGAAUUGAGUUAAUCUCUCCAGUGCUUUGCCUCUUGGCGUCACAACAGUGCGUAAUUCAUAUGUGUCAUUGCCUAAAUUCAGUACCUGGGCCUUAGGUGUAAUGUCAGUAGUGUCCUGGCUGAACCUUUGCACUGGUUUCUGUCAGUAAGAGACAUGAACUGGUAGCUCCUGACAGAACAUGAGUGCAGAAGUUUGCAGUUCUUGCUCACCUCUAGCACCCCAAAAUACAGAUUGCCAUGAAGUUCUCUGCAGUUGGAGUUCUGAUUUGCUCUUCCCUACAUCCUCCCAUCCCUAAUGUCACUUCCAGUAUCUCAUUACUCCAGACCCAAGGCUGAGUCAGAUCCUGGGGAGUCUUCCCUGAUGAAAACGCACAAGAUCAAACAUAAAAAUAAAAACAACUGCAUAAAACCAAUACAAACCCAACACUUUCAGUUCGGGCAGCUUAGUGACCAGAGGAUGCUCUGCUUAAACAAUUAGGCUCCUUAUCCCAUCAGCAUGUCUGAUGGAACAGGCCAACUGCUUAAGCUACGAUUAUCUUAAAGCUGUCCAAGUCAGCUGCUUGUCUGACACUGCAAGAAUUUUAAAGAGCUGAGCAGUAGAUAAGGAGGCAGCAAAGCAGCAGCCCUGUUCUCCCUGCCCUGUGAGGAGAGAGCUCCGUGAGUUCAUCUGAUGCAGCAAGAAAUCAGGCAGCAGCAAUGAACUACCUGGAUGAAGUUCCCUUCCGGACAGCCGUGAGCCUCAAUGGGGACUCAGAGGGAGAAAUCCCUUUGGUCACUGCCCCAGACAUUAAGCUCCCUGACUGCACCGACAUCCUCAUGAGCACCAUGCACGACUUCUCACUGGAAAGGAAAGUGCUGUACUGGGUGGAGGUGGCCUCUCAGCAGCAGACCUCCCGCCAUCGAGUCACCUCCGAAGUCGUCCCCACGGCUCCCCCGUGCUGGCUGCUGCUGGUGGACCCUGCCGACAGCUACGGGGGACGGGGUCGGGACGGGGCAGUGCGGCGGUCCAUCAGCCUGAGCGCUGCCGACAGCUCCUACGGGCACGCCAAGGGCAGGGCGGUCCUGUCUGACACCGAGAGUGACACCUGGCACUCAGAGGAGGGGGAGUACUCGGAUGAUGAGUACUCCUCCACCUCCUGGGAAGAGAAUGACAAGGAUGAAACGCUCCUCUCCAGGAGGAGAAGCUCUGCAAGAAGUGUGUCUUCACGCCCUGGCUUUUACCAGACCCGACCAAAGACAUCACCCGGCUUGCUGGAGCCCUCGCCAGAGAACAGUGUCCACAGCUCAGCCAGCCCAGACCCCAGCAAGCAGAGAAGAUCCAUGGUGAUAUUUAACAACAUGAAGAACGAGCUGGAAGCCGCCAGGAGGAAGCUGGCUGCUUUGGUGCAUCCUUUGAACCGAGCUGCCACCGGGAGCAGGGGGAUCGUGGUGCCACGGCUGCUGCCCCAGUGCCCUGGCACCAACCACAGCGUCAAGUACGGGCCAGAUCCGGACGUGUCCCAGCAGGGAACCGUUGUGCCAACUCCUCCGGCCACAGCCGCGCCGAUCCCUCCCAUCAAGCAGCACAAACCCACGGUACCGUCCCUCAGCCCCUACACUUGCCUCCCCCCUGCCUCCACGCCUGGACGACCUCUCAGCUGCCACAGAUCCCAGCCAGAUUCCUCAGCUGACCUGCUCUCUGCACUGAGCCAAGAGGAGAGAGACCUCAUCGAGCCCGUCAUAGCCCUGGGCUACCCCACCCAGAAAGCCAUCCUCACCCUCCAGAAGACAGGACGGCAAAGCUUAAGUCAGUUCCUGAGCUACCUGGGUGCCUGUGAUCGACUGCUGAAGCAGGGCUAUGAGGAAGGGCAAGUGGAGGAAGCCAUGGAAAUGUUCCAGUACUCGGAGAAAAAGGCAGCUGAAUUCUUGCAUCUGUUGGCUCAGUUUAAUGAUAUGGGCUUCCAGCAAAAUGAAAUCAAAGAAGUUCUUUUGCUUUGUGGGAAUCAGAGGGAGAGGGCACUGGAAGAGCUUGUGAUGAAAACCCACUGAGCAGCAUCCUGGAGCAGUCAGAGCUUCCCCUCUCCACACUAGACCAGAAGGACUCAAGUGAUUCUGCUGCUCCAUCCCCACCCCUGGAAGCACCAGACACACAACUUCAAAGCUCUGCCUUGGUGUCUCAUUUUAUGGACAUCGAUCAUAAGAGUGUUUGUCAUGCAGGAUCUGACUGCAUAGCAGGAAUGUUUAUCUCCUCACCCACACAUCCCCACCCUUGAUCAUCUCAGCUAUUCAGAUUAGAGGAGAUCUGCCUUUGGCUUAGAUUUUUGCAAAAACCAAAUCAAACCAGUGUUCUCCCUCCACCUGCGGUGAUGGGUGUCAUGUUUUCAGCUACAAUCAAGUGGGGAUUCUUAAAAGAUUAUAUAAAUCAACAGAAUAAAUUGUUUUCUUAAAAUCUGAGGGCUCCUGCAGGAACAUGUGUUGGUCCUGGCUUGGGAGGAGUCUCAGCUGACUUAGUCAUGGUUGAAUAUUGCAAUUGAAAUCCACUUUGAUCGCAUUAGCUUCUUUUAUACCAGACAUGUGAGGAAAAUACACAGUUCCAUGUGGAUAAAGAAAGAAAACAAGUUGCCCUUGCUCUGAAAUACAUGAGGUUUAUCCAGUGCAAUGAAAAAUGGUGGAGGCAAAGGUUUGUCCUCAGGCAGCUUCAUGAGAUCAGAACAGAGAGAUGGGGAACUGCUCACUGUCCUCAUGCUCUGCCCAAAUCAGGAAAAUUCAGGGGAUGCUGAAGACAGUGAAGACAGUGGUUCCAAAUGAAGUGAAGCAUGAAUAUCAGCAUCAGGAACAUCUGUAUGCCCAAGGGAAUUUCUGUAUGUAACUGAAGGACAGAGAAUGGGAGAUUCAGAUCACUGUACAGGAUGUGUGUCUUGGCUUGGCAGUGGAACAGUGGACAGUGUUUUCACAUAAAGUAUGUUAUUUUCCUGUGAAUUAGAAACAGAUGUAAUUUCUUUGAGUAAAGAUGCUUGGGGGGUUCUUCUGCAACAUGUUUGUCUUUUUCUGUCAGGAUGCCAACUGGCACAACCCAGCAGAGAAAAUCCUUAGUUGUAUUAGUACCAUUUUCCAUUGUACCCUUCCAAACAAUCUCCCAGCGCAAUGUGCUGCCAUCAAGGUAAAACACUAUAUCCAUUCUCCCUGGAUCUCCAGGUGGGUGCCAGACAACACAGGAAGGUACAGCUCUCCAUGGCUGCAUUGAUUCUUGCCUGGAUGCAACAAGGAAACUGCAACAAGGAAACUUGGCAUCCAGGUUUUGGGGGAGUUGACCCAUCCAUCCCCAAGGAUGCUUUAUUCCUUCUCUUCUUUAAUUGCAUUGAAACGGAAAAUGUGGCACCCUGUAUGUCCUAGGGAGAUAUUCUUGGGGAGCUCACAGGCUCUUUUUGGAACUCCCAGCUCUGUUUUUCCUCCUGCUUUCCCUUGGUUAUACAAGCUUUUAUUUUUGAUACGGCCCUUAUAAGGCAAGUCCAUCUACAGACAGCUUUUCCUUACAUUCCCCCUUGCCAAGAUGAUGUCACCUUAAAAACGAGACUUGCAAGAGGUUAAGCUGUGAUUAGGCAGAUAGCGUCGCCUGGAACUGUGAUCUUUGGCAGAGUGAGCACCGUGAGGAUGGAAAGGGGAAGAUAAGGGUGCUGUGCUGGUGCCAGUGGUGCUGAAUUCUGGUGGAGCAAAGCACAGUGGCAGCAUUGUGCCAGCUCACUGUGCAAAGGCUGAGCAGCUUCUUGCCCUCCUUAGUGGUUUGCUUGGUCCUGGAUCUUGGAUUGUUUCUUGAAGAGUUGCGUUGAGUGCGUUUAUUCUCAAGUGCGGGAACUGUUUUGAAAAUGCUGAGAACUUGGCGGGGAUCAGCAGUGGAGUUAUUUGAGGCAUCCCAGCUGGUAUCCCUUCUGCUCCCUACCGGCCUGCACAUCACAGCAGCCCAAAGCCUGCCUCAUGGAUGGUAAACCAGCUGAGCUGGGGUCUGUGUUUGAUGCUGCCCUGGUCCAUGGUCACAAAGGGGAGCUCUGUGCUACCCAGCUGUCCCCAGAGCUGGUGUUGAGGGCUGUGAGCCCUCAACACCAGGUAGUGGGAUCUGAUGGGAACAGCUCCUCUGGCUGUGGAGCUCUGCACAC